AUGGAUAAACAGGACGAAAGCAUAGUAGUAAAUAGUAACGAGGAAUGCCAAAGAGACAGCCAAAGAGAGAAGGAGUGGAGCAGCUUUAUUUUACCAUUGGUUGAAAAAGAGGAAGAGGAGGUCGUGGAUGAAUGGAGACCUGGUGAACCAGUGACGCCACAGCAUGUCUUAAGGCUCAAUAGGUACACAGCGGAUUACCUAUGUUUACCUGAGGACAACAUCUACAACAUCAACUUUUCUCGUUUCAAGAUCAGGGACCUAGCCAGCGGUUUGGUCAUCCUUGACAUAAAAAAACAUUGUCCAACAGAAAUCCAAGACAUCAUUGACCUUGAUACAAACAGAUUCAUCCAAUAUCAGUUCUCACCAGCAUUUUUGAAUCUCAGCGAGAUUGGAGCCACGUUAGAGUUUACCGUGGGGAGCAAGGCACUGAGCCGUUUUCGUCUCAUCGAGAGACAUUUCUUCAGAAAUGUCCUGCUUAAAACUUUUGACUUUGAGAUUGGUUUUUGCAUUCCACAUAGCAGGAACACCUGUGAGCACAUAUACUGCUUACCUGACCUGGAACCUGAGACAGUUGAAGAUAUGAUUGCCAACCCAUUCGAGACACGCUCAGACAGCUUUUACUUCGUAAACAACAAGCUGGUCAUGCAUCACAAAGCCGAGUAUUCCUUCGCAUCGCAAAAAAAUGCUUGCGUGUCGGGUGAAAAUGGAAAAUAA